CUCAUUCUUGGCGCCACUGCUCCUGAAGUGGUUGCGGAACUGGAAGUCAAUGGCAAUGAGGCACACUCUUGGACACUAGCACAAUCAGGCGCCUAUCACCUCUGCAGUGCCAACAUCUCUAACAUCCACAAACAACGUCACACGGACAGUCCUGUCACCCAGAAGUGCUCUGUCACACCAAUCUGCACCGCGCCUGAAGAUGGAUAG